AUGCCGACACCAUCGAGUUAUCACAAUGUUUUCCGAGUCGCGAAGCCUGGCGUGUUGAGCUCCGAUUCUUCCAUCCCCAAAAGAAAUCGUCAAUCCUUGUCCUGUACGGCUUGUAAGACUCGAAAAACAAAGUGUGAUCGUCUUCAGCCUUGUUCUUCGUGCGUAAACCGUGGACACGAAGAUGCUACAUCGUGUGUAUUUUCCACCGGCAAGCCGAACAGGAAGCGGACUACUCACGACCUCGACCCCAAAGAGUCAACUAAUGUCGAAGCUCAACUUAGGUUGCAGAAGAUAGAAGAUAUGGUGAAUGAUCUUCUACAUAAAUCGCAGCAAGGAUCAAAUGAAAGCAAUAACUUUCCCCUACAGAAGAGCUUGGAUGUCCAGUCACCGGACUCGUCUACUGGUGGCCCUGGCAGCCACGCUGCGAUCUCUUCCGUGGAAAAGGGUCAUUUUGAUAUCAGAGAUUCAGGAACUAGGUAUUUUGGUGCUACAAGCUGGACAGCUGUUCUCGAAAGUAUUCGCGAUGUCAAACAUGUGCUUGACAUGGAGACAGAAGACGAGAUUAUAGAAGAGAGUCUUUCGAAAAGUCCAGAAAGUCUACCGCCCGAUCUAGUAUUUGAUACCUCUCAGACCUUGACUAUUCAGGAACUUUGUGCCUCAUUACCACCCAGAAUUGUGGUUGACAAGCUUCUAUCUGCGUACUUUAAUGCGAAACACAACCAAGGAUCAAUUUUACACAGCGCCAAAUUUUUAAGAGAGUACGAAGCUUUCUGGACCAACUCGUCCCCGAAAACUUUUCUCUGGAUGUCUGUCCUCUUCUCGACAUUAUAUAUUGGCUCUCGUGUUCUUGAGAUGAGUUCCCAGGACCUCGGCGUGCCCUUGCCUGACCCAGAUGCGCUUGUGAAGAAAGCCGGACAGGCAUUGGUAGCUGGGAAGUACCAAAAUGGAUUACCUUAUUCAAUUGAAGCGCUACUAAUCUACACCACCUGUAAGCACAUGCAAGAUGAUGACUGCGAAAAGAAUUUGUGGGUUCUCAUGGGGAUAACUGCACGUCUUACUCUCAGAAUGGGUUACCACCGAGAUCCAAAAGCUCUGCCUAACAUAUCUCCAUUUGAAGGAGAGAUGAGAAGAAGAGUCUUCUCUCAUGUGGUAGUGAUAGAUUUGCUUCUCUCAUUUCAAGCUGGAUUGCCUCCAGUCAUACAAGAAGACGAGUGCGACACUAUGGAUCCAAGCAAUCUGCUUGAUACAGAUUUUGACGAAGACUGUAAAGUACUUCCGCCAUCACGACCUCCUAGUGAUCCCACUACAAUGCUCUACUACUGUGAAAAAAGCAGAAUGGCUAGGCUGUUAAGGCGAGCAGUACGCCAUGCCCUGUCACUCAAAAACCCACCAUUCAAAGAAACCAUGCAGAUUGACCGAGAAAUCAAAGAUGCACAUCUCUUGGUUCCUCAAAGUCUACGUAUGAAACCAAUAGGAUCCUCAGUGGUAGAUGAGGCAUAUAUGAUACUCCACAGAUUGAACCUUGAGUUACUCUACCUUCGAAGCACAUCCGUCCUACAUCGGAAGUACCUGAGCUACGAACGCAGCAAUCCUAAAUAUAGCAUUUCCCGAGCAACUUGCCUAGAAGCAGCUCUCACAGUUCUAGGUUACCAAGCCGAUUUGCACCAUGCCUGUCAACCUGGUGGUCAGUUGUACAAUGACAGGUGGAUGACUUCUAGCCUCAUCGCCUAUGACUUUCUUCUGGCGGUCAUGAUCAUCUGCCUUGAAUUGUACGAAUCGCGGAAUGAAUCAAACAUCGAUACUGAAUAUCGAAGGAAGCAGUAUGGGGCAGUAAAACAGGCUCAUGAGAUAUGGCGUUCCAGAAGCUCGGUGUCGAAGGAGGCCAAGCGGGCCACGACUGUCAUUGCGUCGUUGCUAUCAAAGGUUCAAGAGCCAAUUGCGACAGACGAAGCUAGAGUCACAAAUACGAUAUCGACAGCGAGCGAGUUCUCAGGUCAACUUCUGCCGUUGCACCCAGAGGUGCCAUCCUAUAGUAACUAUGAAGACGCUGCAAAUACUAUUACGCAGCCAGGGCACGACCUUGACUCAGUAUUUUCUGCAUCUGAGAAUAUAGAUUGGGGGUUUGUCGAUCAAUAUCUAAUACAACAUGGAAACGUCAACCAAGACCCGUCAUAUGAAUGGCAGUUCUGA